GAAAGUCGAAAGCGUGCGACGAUCAGGCACGCGAAAUUGUCGUGGGUGUCAAAAUUAAAAAUGGCAUCGGCUAUGGACAUAGAUGACGAGGAGAUUGAUUUACCAACUUCCAGCAGCAGCAAAGGAGAGAAGAAACGUUUCGAAGUGAAAAAGUGGAAUGCUGUUGCUCUAUGGGCCUGGGAUAUCGUGGUCGACAACUGUGCAAUUUGUCGAAAUCACAUCAUGGAUUUGUGCAUCGAAUGUCAGGCUAACCAAGCUUCCGCUACUAGCGAAGAAUGCACAGUCGCCUGGGGGGUGUGUAACCAUGCAUUCCAUUUCCAUUGCAUCUCUCGUUGGUUGAAGACUCGCCAGGUGUGCCCGUUGGACAAUCGUGAAUGGGAAUUUCAAAAGUAUGGCCACUAACCGGAUGCUCGCAGUCGACGCGAACAACAGAACCUUCAAGAACUACGCGACCGACCCUGGUGUAAUGAAAAAACAAUUUCUACAAAAUUAUCAAAAUCUGUUACGACUGCUUUCACGUCUCUUCUGAAAAAAAAGAAAAAUAUUAUAAUAAUUCAGUAAGUAUUCUCAGGUAUUGUCCAAUAUCGCACGUGGUAUAAAGUUAACAAGUAAUUAAAAUUUCACUUGUAAGCAGGUUAUUUCAUUUCUUUGAUGGACCGCUCUUACGUCAUGCCUUAGCUGAAGUAUUGCCAUUCUCGACGAAGUUAUUCAAGUUAUUUGCUCUUCAUACAAAUACGUAACGAUCGUGUUUCCAGAUUUAAAGCCGUCGUGUCGCUAUUUUGUAAUUAAUAUAGGUAUCAAAACUUGAAUAAAUUUAAAUGACAAAUCGUAAGUAUACACAUUCAGACUUAUCUUAUAGCUGAAAUUAACGUGAACGUAUAUUAAUGCAAGCAUUUCCCUCGUGUAAUUUGAAAAGUUCAUUGUAAGCUGUGUAGCUAAACUGCUCGAGGCUUUUGUUGUGAGGUGUAUAGACUUGGAAAAUUUACUCAAAUACUUUUUUUCCUUCUGUUUCCUGGUAGCAAAACUGGCCGUAAAAUUAUUCACUAUUCAUAAUAAAAAUGGAGUUUCAGUCGGGUAGUAAUCACCCAAGGGAACAAUCGAUUUUUAUUCUUGUGUUACAUAUAGGACUUUAUUUCCGACUCAUUCUGGCCGCAAUAUUUAUUUGAAAAUUGUGACGUUUAAAUCAGGCUAAUAUUUUCCGUAAAUGCGUAUUAGGGAAAAAUAUGCCACUUUCGUCCCGCUUUUGAGGUCAAAAAAGUUGACUUAAUGGUUGAUUCGGGAAGAAAAUACGUUAUACAUUAUAUGUAUACAUACAGUGAAAUAUAAAUACAAAUUAGGACUAUCUAUCAUUGGAUGACCAUGCGUAUCAUCUUGUAUCGUUAUCUAUUGAUCUACAUUUACAUAUAUCGGAACACCCUAUGUUUGUGUUUUUCGACAUAUUUAUAUUUACACAUGGGAGUUAAUUCAGAUAGCGGCAAUAGAAAUUUGAAAAUAAUCGUUCGUUCACAAUGCUGUGUUAUACCAAUUAAUAGGUUUUUGAUAGAGCACGUACAAUAGAUUUCUGCCAAAUGUCAAUCAUAUAAAAUUAUUUUAGCUACAUAGGUCUUUAAAUAUUGUUUCAUUCUUACGUCAUAGUUUCUUGAGAUUUUAUCUUAUAUUAAAGACACUUUUUUUUGAACGUAUCAAAAUUGAUUACUGUUUUUCUUUUUUUCUCGUUUCUUUCUUUUUUUUUUCUUGUGAAACUUGACGUGCAAUUCCAUACGUAUUUAUGGAUAAGGCGAAAUAAGUAUGAUAGUAUGAUGUAGGGAGAAGGGGGCGAAGCAUCGAAUAACAUAAAAAGUUAGGGUCUAACAUUUAUGUUCGUAUUUUACUUGGCAUGCGGCAGUCUUCUAGCAGCUUUGUAUUAUAACAAUUGAAUAUACAUAUAUAUUCGAUUAAAAGUAUAAUAAUAAUAAUAGUAAACAAUACUGUAAAUUAAAUUAUAGAUUUAAAUAUUAUACUGGUAUGAAGUAGGUUUGUUCUGGGAGUGUGUUUUUGUGACCUCUCUCUCUCAAAAAAAAAAAAGGUAAAAAUUUGUGAUAUAUAACCGUUCUUUAUUUCAGUCUGAUGAUUUUAUACAAAUAAUAAUAAUAAUAAUGGCCCAUUUUGCCAGGGUCUCAAAAAAUAGUUAUAU